AUGAAGAUUGAAGAAGAAAUUGAUAGCGAAUUGCUCGAUUAUCAACAAUUGGUUCUCCAUGUAAAGAAGGGAGACAGCAAGGAUGUUGUAUCUGCUCUGAUCCGAGAGAAUGAUGAUCAACAAUUUGCAUCCGAUCAUGAUGAACAAGCCUCUCUAGAAAACAAAAUAAUUGAUGAUUCAGUAUUUAAAAUUGAAGAUUUAGAUGAGGAGAGUUUGGAAAACUUGUUGGGAGAAUUGAUGAAGGAUCAACAGGAUCAAGAACAAUCUCUUCAAGAAAAUUACCUGAUCAGAGAACAAACUCUCAAACCACCAGAACCUGGUACUUUCCAAGUCAAAAAUCAAAUUGAAUUUCCUCCAAAAUCUGUGAAUGCAGUUGAUGAAAUGGUGAAUAGUAUCGGAAAUCAACUUGCUCAAAAUGCUUUGGAAAAGAAGAAGGAAGAGAAGUUUAGAAUUGUUAGAGCAGUGCCAACUGGUAAACAAAAUUCAGAAGUUGCAUCUGUGCCAUUCAUUUCCAUUACAUUUAGUCAUGACAUGAUUGAAGAAUUUGAUGGAGAAACUAAAUCAUUUGAAGAGAUUGAUUUUAUUGAAAUUAGUCCAGUAACAGAAAAUGUUAAAGAAGGAAAGUGGAAAUGGAUUGGUACUAAAUCUUUAGUGUUUCAACCUCGAUUCAGAUUUGACAGAUCAACCGAGUUUUCCUACAAGGUUAUAAAAGAAAAGACCAAGUCCGUGCAUGGACAUACUUUAGGAGAUGAUUUAUCAGCAACGUUUAAGACACCAACAGCUAGAAUUCUCAGUUGUAUCCCUUCAGGUAACAGCUUUCCAAUUUCUCAACUCCCAUUCAUGUUCUUCCAAUUUGAUCAAGAUAUUGACAAGCAAAGUGUUUUAGAAAAGUUGGAAAUGAAAGUUUCUAGCUACAAAAUUGGUGUGGAAUUAUUGGAAGACACCUCAAUAAUUUCCAAAAUGUUGGCAGAAACAGAUUAUUCCAAAAAGUUCCCAUAUGUUUAUAACUUGUAUUACAGAAGUCUCAAAAAUGUUCAUGAUCCAAAGAGAUGUAUGUGGAUCAAGUUACUUGUUGCAAACGAUACUUUACAUGCUGGAAAGAAUUAUCGUAAAAUUGGAUUAGGAGAAUAUUUGAGUGUUUGGUUGAGACCAGGAUUCAAGAGUUUGGAAGGUCCACUUGUAUCUACUCAUGAAACAUCCACUGGUGUGCGUGGCUAUUCCAAAAUGGUAGUUUCUGAUCAUUAUCCAAAGAAACAUUUUUUCUUUAAUGAAAUUUAUCCAGGUUGCUCAUUUACAUUCAGAUUCAACAAUCCUAUUGAUUUGGAAAAGGUAGACAGCAUUGAAAAAUUUGUUCAACUUGAACCAGUCCUUAAUAAUUACAAGGUAAAAGCUGAUGGUAAUACUAUUAUAAUCGCAGGUGAUACUCUCGCUAGGGAGAAAUAUAGUGUUAAAAUUUUAAAAGGAGUUCCAGAUAUUUAUAACCAAAUCAUGGAAAGUGAUUAUUCAGCCACUUUCGAAGUCUCAGGUGAGGAUAGGGAAUUCAACAUGACACUCCCUACCUUUAGUGUCAUGCCACCAUGCCUUUUUGAUAACAAUGAACCAUUUCUUUACUUUGAUUCUGUAAAUAUUCAAGAAACUCAUGUUAUUAUCAAUCAAGUUGAUCCUAUAGAAAUGUACAAAGAAUGUGUAUACCCAAAGUUUGCUCCAAAAACAUUCUUUAAUUCCUAUGAUAAUUAUGCACAUUUUGAUUGGAACCCAAGAAAACCUCAUAGUUUUGGAAAGCAAGUUUUUGAUCAAAAAGUACAAACUGAAAACUUUGUAAAGGACAGAACUGUUUCUACCAAGAUUAUGUUGCCAGAAUUUCUUCAAAAUGGAAAAACAGGCAGUGUAUUGGUACAUUUCAAACCAAAAAGAUCAAUUUUAUACUCAUUAUUUUCUGGAUAUCAAGCUAGAUGGGUGCAAGUUUCAAAUUUGUGUGUCGAUGUUGUGAGUAUCGCUGGAGAAAAAUUAGGUGUAUUUGUAACUGAUUUCUCAACGGGAAAACCUGUUGACAAUGCUGAAGUAACAAUGUUUGACACCAAGAACUAUUAUCCUGAUAAGGAGACUAGAACAAUGGACGUUAGAUCAGUUACUGAAAAAACAAAUGAAAGGGGUAUGGCCUAUUUUACAUGCAUACAGGGUUAUCAUCACGUUUCCAUUGCUGUAUCUAAAGACACAGAUCAAGUUGUCUACACUAAUCCAAGCGUUUAUGUUCACUCAACUCGUCAAGACACUAAUAUUGCUCACAUUUUUAAUGAUCGUGGGUUAUACAAGCCAAAUGAAACUGUACAUAUUAAGGGUUUCAUCAGAAACUUGAUAUACGACACUAACAAGGAUUCUGAGAAUUAUGGUACCUAUGCAAUCACCACUCAAAUAAGUAAGAAAGAGGUAACUUAUGAAGUUUUCGACAAUAGCAGAGUUAAAUACUUGGAUGGUAAAGUUGAAUUGAGUGCGAAUGGAUCUUUUGUUUUGGAUUUGGUUAUACCAGAUAAUGUUAAUUUAGGUUCUCACUCAGUCACAUUUAGUUUUGACGGUCAACGAUUCCAGCAAACAGUAUGCUGGAAUCAUACUUUUAAAGUUGAAGAGUUUAGAACUAGAGAAUAUACUGUCAGUAGCAGUAUUAUUCCUUCAUCAGAAAAGGUUGAUUUGUUUGUUGGUGAAAAGUUCAUCAAUAAGGUCAGUGCCAAAUAUUAUAGUGGAGGAGGCCUCUCUAAUUCAACUGUGAACUAUUCUCUCAAUACCACUUCUAAAAAUUUCACCCCAGAAGGAUGGAGUAAUUACAUUUUCCAAGAAACAGAUCUUAGAAAUAAUUACAAACUGGAUAGACUUUUAAAUAGUGUAAAAUCAAAAACCAGACUUUACAGUAAUAUUAAUGGGACAACUGAUUCCAAUGGUGAUGAUCAUCUGUCAAUAAUAUUAUGGGAUCCAGAAAAGUUGGUAACUAGUCCUAUUAGUGUCAGUUGCAAUGCCAAUGUUCAGGACAUCAAUAGACAAACACAAAGAACAUCUAGUGAGGUUAUUCUCCACUCUUGCAAAUAUUACAUUGGAGUUCGUUGCACUAAAAGAGUAGUUAUGAAAUCUGAUGAAAAUAUCGACUGUUUCUUUGUUGUUACAGAUAUCAAGGGUAAGGUGGUGAAGGACGUUCCAAUAUCUGUAAAAUUAGUUCAGUUUGGUUACGAUUCGAAGGGUUAUGAAAAAUGGGAAACCACAAAUCCAAUCAAGGAAAUCAAACUCACUUCACAAGAUCAACCACUUUUACAUACAUUUAAGCUUAGUGAGGAAAACAAGGACACUGCUUAUGGAGAGUAUGCCAUUUUGUGCGAAGUAAAAGAAGAUGAAACACCAAAGCACAGAUCAGGUAUUAACAGAUGCAGUAUUCCUAUUCGUAAAUUGGGCUAUAGGGAACAUUUAACAUCAAAGGGUUAUGCAUCUCUGAAUACAUCUGGUAUCGAACUAAUUACCAACAAAUUUGAAAAUGAUGAAUACCAACCUGGAGAGGAUGCCAAAGUCUAUAUUGUCUCUCCUUUUAGUGGUGAUUGUACAGGAGUCGCUUGGAUUUUAUGUAAUAGGCUAAUCAAACAGGAAACAUUUGAUAUUAGUAGUGAUGUAGGAAUGUACGAGUUGACAAUUCCAAUCAAGAAGGAAUAUAGACCAAAUAUACAAGUUAAGGUACAAUUGGUUGGUAAGGAGAACUAUGUUGAUAUUGAUGACAUGACAAGAGUUAAUCCAACUCAGGCUUCUGGAUCUAUUGAUAUUCAAAUUUCUAAGAGCUCCCACGAGCUUGAUGUUACUGUCACUCCAAAGGAUACUAUACUUAGCCCUGGAAAAGAGACAUCAGUCACUGUUCUUGUGAAAGAUAAGCAAGGAAAUACUGUACCAAAUUCUGAGGUUUGUUUGAUUGUUUGUGAUCAAGCUGUAUUGGAUAUGGCAAAUCAUUCGAUUGAAGACCCGCUCUCAUUAUUUGUAAUUAAUAAUUCGUGCAGUUUCAAUUGUGAUUCAAUCAGGGAGAGCGUGAGAUACUGGCUUUACCCUAGAAAGAACCAACGAGAUGCAGAAAUCAUGGAGCAAACUCAAACAUCACUCAGAUUAUCAAAUAGGGCAGGGUAUGACGGGUCCGGGCGACAAAUUCAAGUUUUAGAUGAUUUGGAAAAUCAAUGUUGUGACAUGUCUUGUCAAAGCGUCAGAUUUCAUAAGAAGGCAGCUUGUUUAUUCCUUCCUUCGUUUUCUUGUUGUAGAAAACAUAGUUGUAAUGAAUGUGAAUGUACUUGUAGCAGUAGUAGCAGUGCUAUAUGUGGUGGUUGUCGUGGUUGUGCAAUGCCAUCAAUGAAUGACAGAAAAGAUGUAUUCCAAAUAAGAAAUAAUUUCAAACCAGAUGCUGCAUUUAUUGGAUUCGCUCAAACGGAUGAAAAUGGAUCUAUAACACUUGAUUUCAAAUUGACUGAUGCACUCACCAAAUUCAAAGUAACUGCUGUAGUGAAUGCCAAAGAAGAUUUAAUUGGUAUUGGUAGUUCUGCAAUUACAACCAAUUUACCUAUUGCCGUAAGACCAUCCCUUCCAAGAUUUUUGAAUUAUGGCGAUUUGUGUGAUUUGACAUAUAUUCUACAAAAUCAAACAGAUUCAGAUUUGACACUAUCACUCGUUUGCCAAGUAACAAAUCUCAGAAUUUUCAAUGGAAAGAACAAGAAUCAACGAAAGAAGGGAUUUUCAGUGGUUAUUCCAGCUCAAGGAAGAAAAGAAGUUAGAAUUCCAGUUCAAGUUCUCAAAUGUGGUAAGGCUCUUAUCAAUAUUGGAGUUAGAGUAGUUAGAGCUGUUGCUAAGAAUCCUGAAAAACAAGGCAUUGCUGACGAAAUGGUUGGAUGGUCUGAUGCUGUAAAGAAUGACUUUAAAAUUUUCACUCCAGCAACUAAUGAGGCUUUUGCAACUUAUGGAGAUGUUAGUGAAACUAAUGAUAAUGUAUUACAACCAAUUUCACUUCCAUCAAAGAAUAUCUUGGCUCAUUUCGGUGAAUUUAGUGUUAGUACCUCCACAACAGCCCUUUCAACAUUGACUGAUUCUCUCAUUUAUCUCUACUCAUAUCCAUAUGAAUGUAAUGAACAAAUUGCCUCAAAGCUUUUAGGUAUUGUUUCCAUGAAGGAAAUGAUUUUGCAAUUCUACACACCUGAGGAACUCAAAAAAUUGAUGGACAUUUCUGGAAGAGAAGAGAUUGACACUUUCAUUGAUACCAAUCUUGCCAGAUUAUUUGAGCGUCAAAGAUAUGAUGGUGCCUUCUCUUAUUGGAGUAAUAAUUUGAUUGGAGAUCCAUUCUUGACAUGCCAUGUUGCUUUUUGUUUUGCCAAAUGUAAAUCUGAAGGAUACAAAAUUCCAGAUCAAAUACUGUCCAGAACAAAAUCCAUUUUGAAGAAUAUUUCAAGUUUAUUCUUCUUUGGAUUUAUUUGGCCAAGAUCUGUUAAAGACACUAUCAAAGCAUACGCUUUUUAUAUUCUCUCAUUGUUAGCUGAUAGUGAAACUGACAAGGAACAGGUAAUUUCCUUGUGUGAAGGUAUUCUUGACCACUACAAUACCCUAACAGAGUUGACUCAAGAAUUGAAUCCAGAAUCUGCUGCUUAUCUUGCAAUGUCUAUUCACAGAUGUAAGAAGGAACAAGUUGAAGAGAAGAAGGGUUUCUUUGCAAAAUUCAUCAAUGAAAAGAUUUCAGUUUAUCAAUGGUUGGAAGCCAUCAAGUCAUACUUUAAGGAAAAUGUCACAAUUGACUCUGGUAUCUAUGCACACUUUAUCACUAGAUAUGAAGAUAAUGAACUUGCACAAAUGGUCAUGCUGCAUUCAAAUACAAGAACUGAUGCUGUUGUUUUGGGAUGUUUAAUGGAAAUUGAUAGAGAAGAUAGUAGUGAUAUUAUCCAAAAAUUGGUAAGAAGCCUGUUGGCUGCCAGAAAUGCAAAUAGAUAUGGUCGUUGGUAUAAUACUCAAGAAAACUCUAUCUGUCUCAUUUCCCUCACCGAUUAUUUCAAGAUAUUCGAGAAGGAAGUUCCAGAUAUGAAUGUUAAUACAUGGCUUGUUGAUUCUACAAGGCCAGAGGAGACUUUCUUUAUGGGCAAUCAAUCUUGGAAAGGAAGAAGUAGAGAAAAGAAGAUUACAUCAUUACCGGUAACUGCUUUUGUUCCAAGAGCUGAUAUUAAUAAGGAAGUCAUCAAUCCAGAUGAAAAUGACUCAAAGAAAUCAUUCCUCUUGACAAAGAAUGGUACUGGAAGACUUUAUUAUAGAAUUGCUCUAUCUUACACUCCUCAAGAAUUUACUCUCAAAUCUUUAGAUAGAGGAUUCUCAAUUUCUAGAGUAUAUGAAGCAAUCACCAAUCCUGACGAUGUCAAGUUUGAUAAGAAUACCAAGACAUGGAAGGUGAAGUCAGGCGAAUUGGUCAGAGUUAAUAUUACAAUAUGUAAUCCUACUAGAAGAUAUAAUGUUGCUCUUGUUGAUAAACUGCCAGCAGGUUUAGAAGUUGUCAAUCCAGAAAUCGAUACACAGCUCACUAAUUUUGGAAAUGGGGGUAACGAAAAUGAAUUGGCAAAUAACCAUUAUUUCAAAUGGUUCGAAAAUCAAAAUAUUAGAGAUGAAAGAGUUGAAGCAUUUGCAAGAAUUUUAUAUGAAGGCACACAUGUUUACAGCUAUAUUUGCAGAGCUACUACUUUAGGUUCGUUUGUAGCACCUUCAACCUAUAUGGAAGAAAUGUAUUCUCCUGAAUGCUUUGGAAGAAGUAAGACUGAGUUUGUGCAAGUUUAUGAUAAAAAAUAA